CGUAUUUGUUGCCAAAUUAUCGGCUAUAAAAGCAAGUGAUCAACUCGAGCAGCGCCAGACGAUAAAGUACCUACCGUCCGUUUCAACCGGCUUGGGAUUCAGUUUCAUCUUACCAGUUUCUAGGGGCCACACUUACUGUUGAGUACGCCACAAUGUUCGACUCAAAGAUUAAGGUGCCCAAGUACGACUCGGAUGCAUUCGACAAUGUCGAGUACGAGCUGCAGAUGACGUACACCCUGGAGACGGAUCGCCGGAUCAUGAGCUUCUACGACGCCAUGUGGGGCAUGGAGGUCACUGGCGGCAUUGACCAGUUCGAGCCGCUGACCAUUGUGAAUGUGUCGCCCUCUGGUCUGGCAAAGAGAGGAGGAAUGCGAGUGGGCGACGAGAUCACCCAGAUCAAUAAUACGCCGGCCCUGGAGAUGACCUUCAAUGAGGCUCUUCAAAUGUUCCGACAGAACUCGCGAUACGUUCGCGUUUACGUGAUGGGCGAUGACGACGCACCUGGUGAGGAGGACUGGACCUGCGAUUGCUGGUUUAAGCCCAGAAAGCCUUGGCGUCGUGACUUCACACCCAUUCAGUGGACGUUCCCCUGGAACGAUCGUCGCAAGCCCGUCUACAAGGAGUCCAACUGCUUCAUGGUGCCAAGCAAAAUGGAGGAGAAGAUUCGGGCGCGACGUGCGGCCACCUCAGCUGUUCACAAGAAGGAUGAACUGGCUCCACACACCCGCUCCCUGACGCCCACUCCCAGGCCGAAGAAUCAACCAGGUCCGAAUCUUCUCGAGACAGUACUCAGGCCCCGUGGACCUCCGCCAAGGGAUUAGAACAGCGAUCUAAUCCGUAAGAUGAUGCUGACCAGUCACAAGGAGUUGCAGGCAGCGCUGAAUCCGCUGCAGUGCAUCAGGACCUUCAAGGAUUACUCACUCAAAAGAAGGCAGACAGCUAAAUAUACAGUUAAAGUGCCAUGCAAAUGCUGAGAAACGAUUUCGAAGAGGUUUCUCUCCAGAACCGUGUCGUAAUCCUGCCCAGAAAUAAGCAGAAAAUCUAAUUAAUGGAAAAUAUAAAUGUUUAACCGUAGCUGGCAGGCAUCUGUAGAAAACAUUUGCAGUGCUUUGGGCUCGAAAUUUUGAACCAUGUUCCAAGGGAACUCUGUAAAACUGCUAACUAUAAGUAUGGUAAAACGAUUUCGAAAAUUAUUCUUCAAGGAUACUGUCGAAUAUAAACUACCUCCGCUGUGUUAUAGAAAAUAAAUAAAAAACAAUUUAAAACUCCAA